GACGGUCAUUUGCACAUGCGCAAAUGAAAAAUUCCAUCUGCACAAUCCUGUAACGAGAGCUGAAGUCGGAAUGUAAUGCCUAGAGACGGAUCAACAUUUAUUGUACAAGCAACAAAACCUAGAUCCAUAUCAAUAUAGUCUGAAUUUACACCUGUGGCUGUGUAAGUAAGCAGUCAGCCUUUGUGAAAGCCAGAAGCCUACGUCACCGGAUCAUAAUGCGCUUCAAGACAACACUUGCUAAAGAUGCUAAACAUUCAGAGCUCGUGAGCUGUGUGGCGUGGACCACAUCUGAAGAACUAUACUCCUGUAGUGAUGAUCACAAGAUACUUCGAUGGAAACUGCUCUCCGACGAAACCACAACUCUAGCCCAGCUGCCGAAUGAUGUCUAUGCAACAGACAUUCACUUCUUCCCAAAGGGACUGGGUGGGAAAACCAAACAACCCCAGACGGAUGUGUUUGUUCUGACCUCCACGGAUGGAAAGUUCCUCUUGAUUUCCAAAUCUGGCCGCGUAGAGAAGUCUGUGGAUGCCCACACAGGCGCUGUGCUGUCAGGCCGAUGGAGCUAUGAUGGGACAGCCAUGGCAACAGCAGGGGAGGACGGACAGGUCAAAAUAUGGUCUCGCAGUGGGAUGUUACGUUCAACGUUAGCACAGACAGGUUCCCCAGUGUACUCAAUAGGAUGGUCUCCAGACUCUGACCAGGUGUUGUUCACAAACGGCAGACAGCUCAUCAUCAAGUCCAUGCAGGCCAAUGCCAAGCCGUUACAGUGGAAGGCACAUGAUGGCGUUAUCCUGAAGGUUGACUGGAAUCCUGUUAACAACCUCAUCCUGUCUGGGGCAGAAGAUUGCCGUUACAAGGUCUGGGAUUCCUAUGGGAGACAGCUCUACAGCAGUCAUCCUCACGAGUACCCGAUAGUCUCUGUGUCUUGGGCUCCGGACGGCCAGCUGUUUGCCAUUGGCUCGUUCAACACGUUACGACUGUGUGACAAGAGCGGGUGGUCAUAUGCCUUGGAGAAGCCCAAUACCGGUAGCCUGUUCUGUAUUGCAUGGAGUGGGGAUGGUACCCAGGUUGCAGGGGCCUGCGGCAGUGGACAUGUCAUUUUUGCUCAAGUAAUUGAAAGGCGUCUUGAGUGGAAGAACUUCGAGGUGGUGGUCAUCUCCAGGAAGACAAUUCAUGUUAGGAAUGUCAUGAAUGAUGCCAAGGAAAAGCUGGAGUUCCGAGAUCGCAUCAUCAAAACGUCCAUCGGCUUUGACCACCUAGUGGUGGCAACAUCUUCCCAGUGCUAUGUGUACAGUACCAAAAAUUGGAACACCCCAAUGAUCUUUGACCUCAAGGAAGGCACAGUGACAUUAAUUGUCCAGGCGGAAAAGCAUUUUGCUAUUGUGGACAGUGCUGGGAUCCAUCUGUACACAUACGAGGGUCGCCUUCUGUCGUCACCAAAGUUCCCUGGGAUGCAUUCAGAGACUCUGAGUGCCCAGUCGCUGUGUGUCAGCAAUGACACCGUCGCAGUCCGGGAUAAAUCGGACGAGAAGCUUGUUCAUCUCUUUGACUCUGCUACGAGCCGACAGGUCGACAGUAAACCGCUGGCUCACAAGCUUGAGAUCGUCGAGAUAGCCUUGGACCAGUGUGGGUCGGCCAGUGAUAGACACCUCGCCAUUGUGGACAAGAAUCGUGACCUUUAUCUCAGCACAGUGCGCAAUGUGGGCAAGCCAGCCAAGAUUGUCAAACUCGGCAACAUGAUUUCCAGUCUGGCUGUUAACGAUGGCACUAACAUGCUAGCAGCAUUGCAAGACAGCAAACUGACGGUGUGGUUCUACCCCAGUGUGGCUUAUGUUGACCGGGAACUACUACCACUGACAAUCAUGGUCAAAGACGCAAGUGAGUUUGGCAAGAACCCACAAAUUGUAGACUUCCUGGGUAACCAUGUGACCAUCCGUCGAGCUGACGGUGCCCUGGUCAGCACGGGCAUCUCACCUUACCCAGCCAUGCUGCAUGACUUGGUCAACAGCAGCAGGUGGGAAGAUGCCGUCAGGCUGUGCAGAUUUGUCAAGGACCAAGCUCUCUGGGCAUGUCUUGCUGCCAUGGCUUCCUACGCCAAGGAACUUAACACGGCUGAAGUGGCUUAUGCAGCCAUAGAUGCUGCCGACAAGGUGCAGUACAUUCUAUACAUCAAGGAGCUACCCCUGAAGGAUCUGCGCAAUGCAGAGAUGGCUCUGUUUUGUGGCAAUCCCCAGGAUGCCGAGGGAAUCCUGUUACAGGCGGGACUGGUCUUCAGGGCCAUCAUGAUGAACAUUACCCUCUACAACUGGGAUAGAGCUCUUGAGCUCGCUGUAAAGCAUAAAACGCACGUGGACACAGUGUUAGCCCAUCGGCAACAAUUCCUGGACAGCUUCGAGAAGAAAGAGACCAACAAGCGCUUCUUGCAGUAUGCCAGUGGAGUUGAGGUAGACUGGGAACAGAUCCAAGCCAAGAUGGAGAUGGAGUACCAAAAGGAGAGACAGAAUCCUAAUGCUAAGCCUUACAGCAAGUAGACCCCCCCCGCUCCAUAUCACCACCUCUGUUGCUCAUGUCAUCUUUUUCUAACCACUGAAAAUACAGUCCCUGCUGUGAUAUGAGUUAAGAUUUGUUGACUCGAUGUGCGUGCAUCUAAUAACAGCUUUGAAGAUGUUAAUUUCUGGCUUUAACAAAAGCUGGGCAUAUUUUUGUACUAUACAGUAAAUCUUAAGGACAAAUGUCUUGUUCAGCAAAUUCGCUUUGGUGUGUGUCUAUAAUGGACGCCCCUUGUGGUCAUUACUGGUCCUGAAAUCGGCUUUGGCAUUCAGAAUCCAAAGUCUGAUCUUUGCUGCAGCAAGAGCUAAAGAUUGUUAGUUCUUAUUAAAUUUGGGCCUUACGGUGUGAAACUGACCCCCCCCCGAAAUAUUUCAGCUCAACUGACAUGUAUUCCUAGUUCACAAGUUCUUUGUAGAAGGAUGUCAACUUGAAACAACAAAGUGAAACUUGAUGUUUUAUGCCACUAGCCUCCAAAUAAUGUUUAAGUGGAAAAAGGUGGCGUUUGUGGAACUUCAGUUCUCUGAGUUGUCAUAACUUAUGCAGAUUAAAACUGUUUAAUUCUAUUCUGUUUGCUAGACAUUGUUUUUCCCCCAGGAAAAAAGGGUUUAAUUCUGAGAAAUUGUACAUUCAGAUGGCAAUCCAGUGUCUUGGUAAAAAAAAGGGGGUGUAAUAAUAAAUGAUUAAAAGAAAGUCACUUCAACAAUCUCCAGUCUGACUUCAACAUAUCGUCAGUGUUUUCAGGAAUUGACAAAAAAACUCAAAAUCUUGCCAAAUGGACAAUCUGAGAUGAAUGCUUUCAAAAUACCAGCCUUUUCAAUACGCAUUUUCGAUCACUUUUAUGUUACAGAUUGCGAAAUUUUUUACAAAGUUAUGAAAUGUAAGACUUGGCAAAUGUUAAUCUAUACUUAGUUGCAGAUAUAGUAUCUUAAUUAUAGAUUAAUUCAUUAAUAAAAGCUAAUAAAUUUUUUUUUCACUUUGUGAAAGCAGAAAAACACAGAGGUCUUUUUUUUUCCUACUGCAUCAUACACACUUUUGUCAUUUCGUGAAAAAAACACCUGCUGGAAGAAAAUUGCUAAAUUCCAUCAGAUUUCAACAGGCGCAGGUGUUCAUGUACAACGUUGUUCUCAUGCAUGGGUACACACAAAGACUCAUGCAGGGAGUGUGUAUAUUGUCUUUAGUUUUGCCCUGCUAACUACGUGACUUUUUGUCACUUCCUGAAAACAGACAAACGCAGAGACCAAGCUUGUUGUUAGUGAUUUGUUAACAGUUACGAGGAAAUUCUGCUAGUUUGUUCUUUGGAUUGAAGGAAGUAAAAUGGCCCAAAAAACCCCCAGAUCGAAAAAUUGUCGUUUGUCUGGGCUUUUGUCACUUCGUGAAAACACCGGCGACCCAGCCAGUUGCCAUUUCAGAUACAACGUAGGCUACUUCUUGGUAUUGUAAACUACUUUUUUUCCCGUCUAGUGUGUGAAACUGUUUGAUCAGUUGCGUGUAAACCUACAGUUAUUUGUAAAAUAUGUAAAUAGUGUAAGACUAUUGGUCUUGGAAAUCUGUACUUUUUUUAAUAAGUGCAACAUGUGAUGGCAAGUUUGUCAGAGCAUUAAAAACUGUCCCAAUGAAUGAAACAGC